CUGCUGUUCUGUUGGUUGGAUAAAAGUAAAUAUUUGUUUGAAGGUUAAAACGAUCCUCGAUCCUGUUUUCUUGGACUAAUUUUUGCUCACCGGUUUAAAUGCCAGGUAUCUGCAAUGGGAAUGCUAAAGACUGCAGUCAUCAUCAGCUUACCUAUUCUUGGAGUUUGUGCUACCGUUUUAUAUCUGUUGCAUAAAAAGGAAGACGAGGAUCUUCAGGACACCCUGCAAGAUGUGCGGACUUCUCGGGUUAAAGUUAUUGAAAUGAAAAUACCAAAAUCUGUGGUUGGAGUUGUCAUUGGUCGGGGUGGAAGUAAUGUGAAGGAUAUUCAAGAAAAGACUGACACUAGGAUAUAUUUCAAAGAUAUGGAGGACGAUGAGUUCAGAGUGUGCUACAUCAGAGGGGUGGCUGAGGCGGCUCAACAGGCAGAGUCUAUGAUACAUGAGAUUAUCAAGUCCCAGCCUCUUAUUGAGCUAAAGGAAAUCUGGGUGCCACAGAGAUCUGUGGGUCGUAUCAUUGGACGAAAUGGUGAGAGCAUAAGAUCCAUAAAAAUGGCUUCCAACGCUAAAAUCAAUGUGGAAAGUUUGUCAUCUGGAGCAACAAGAGGAGGCGAUGGAGAAACCAGAAUCUGCAUCAAGGGUACGAUGGAGCAGAUUGCGGUGGCGGUGUCUCUGAUCAAUGAGAAGGUGGAGGAGGAUUACGAAAUGCGGAGGAAGAUGGAACUGAGUCAUGCCAGUCGGUCUCCCAGAAACAAACCAAAGUCAAAUACAUCUCCGUCCAUCACUGUAGCAAAAGACAACAAGAGUGGCAUUUCCCAGUGGUUGUCAGCCACAGGCAGUGACGGCAUUUUGCAAGUGUUUGUUUCUGCAGUUGUAUCUCCUUCAUGCUUUUGGAUUCAAGUAUUCAGUCCAUCUUCUGCCGAACUUGACCAGUUAGUUCAAGAAAUGACAGAUUAUUACACUGUUGAAGAAAAUAGAUCUUUUCACGCUUUGAACAAGGUAGAUGUUGGCCAGAUAGUGGCCACUCCGUUCAGUCAUGAUAACAAGUGGUACCGAGCGGAAGUUAAGGCCAUAGUAAAGGGUGACUGCGAUGAUGAGGACCAAGUAGACUUGUACUACGUAGACUAUGGAGAUAAAGAGUUUCACUUGAAGAGCGAGAUCCUACAGCUGAGAACUGACUUUCUCAAACUACGCUUCCAAGCCAUCGAAUGCAGCUUGGCCAAUGUUAAACCAAGUGACGGAGAGGAGUGGAGUGAAAAGGCUGUGGAUUUGUUUGAAGAACUGGCUCAUGUAGCUCAGUGGAAGCUACUGAAUGCCAAGGUCGUAUCUUGUGACAAUGUCCCCAGAGGUCGUAGAGAAGGCAGUCCAGUACCUAGCGUCAACCUUUACGAUACUAGUGGAUCAGAGGACAUAAACAUCACCGAGGAGCUGGUGAAGCAGGGGUUUGCUGUCCGGGAGGAGUUAUCCCGCAACGGGAGUGUCAGGAGUAGAUCUGGAGCAAGCACUCCCUUCCUCCAGAGUCCAGAACCUCCGGAGAUAGUAUCGGACACAGAGUCAAUGACCUAAUAAUGUUGAUCUUGUUUAUUAUAACGUCCAGUUGAUUUUAGAUCGUUUUAAACUUUAAGUGUUUAAGUCCAAGAAUUGAAAAACUCUUUGGUGAAAUUUACUUGGGUCAUAUUCUGUUGGCUACCAACCAAUCGUCAACAUUUUUCACAGAAAUAUGGUAUGAUAAAAUAACGACGUGUAAAACCUCUUAAUCUAACAUACAGCAAAAGUGAUGUAGUCUAUCGGUUACUGUCUCCAACUCUGGUUCGGGAGGGACAGAUUCCAUUUUCCCAGCAUAAUCAAAAAAAUAUUUUAUGGGUUUGGACCGCUUUCACUUAGUUUCAUUUUUCAUUAAAAACCUAAGUGACAUAGAAACCAGGAUAACAAAGAUACAGGAUAUAACAAUAAGCAAUCAAAAACCGUUUAAAGGGAUAAGUAUAAUAAUAUAGAAUUCAUUUCAUCAAAAUAUCAUUGAACAUCACCCACAUUUGGUGUGGUUAUAGUUUGAAGCGAACUCAAUAACUUUUAACCUCAGCCAUUUUUAAUAGUUUAAAUUAAAAUGUGUUUGUAUUUUUCUACCCCUAUUUACACUUAUGUUCCAUUUACUGGUUGUUAACUAAUAGGCCUAGUUUGUAUGUGGAUAGGUAAGUAAGGAAAAUGGUUGUAAUGUUUAAAACAUGUACAUAAGGAUGUUGCGGUUAUUUCCUGUUACAGUUUUGAUUUUGAUUUUUUUUUAUAAAACUGUUUAUCUUUAAAUCUGUAGUUUACUGAUUUAUGUAUAUAAUAUAAGAGUUAAGUUUUUGAAUUUGUAUAUUUAUGUAGAUAAAGAUCUAUUUCGUUCAAUAGUUAAGUAAAUAUUAUAAAUAAUAAACUUUUGUACGUAGACUUGUUGUCAGCAUUGAAUUUUAAAAUUUGUUUGGUGUUGGUGCCAUAUUUGAUGAUUUCGCUAGGAGUACCUUUAUACUAACUAGCCCUUUUUAACAGCUCAAUAUUUAUAUUUGAAUGUUAAAGGUUAAUUUUUUUUAUAAAGUUCAAAGCAAUGUAAAUAAUUAACCUAAUCAAUUAGUGUAGCAAUAUAAUAUUUCAGGCUUUUUUAACAUUAGGAUACAGUUUUAUAAAUUAAUAUCAAUGUGGUAGUGUACUCAAUUAUUACUUGAACCUCUAAAGAACAAACCAACCGUUGUAGAUGGGUUAGAUGUUGUUUUCCUCAAAAGUAGGAAAUCAGUACAAAUGUUUAUUGAUGCCAUCGUCAUGACUUAUUGUCAUUUACUUUUAAUCAAAAGCAAUUUAAUUACGAUUUGUAAUUUAUUAAUUUAGUGUGAUUAUCGUGCCUUCUCCUUUAGUACUUAAAUUGUACACAAUUGUUCAAUUAAUUCAAUUGUACCAUAUCUGUAGUGAUCUCACAUUGUAAUUUUUUUAGAGCAAUUUUAGUAGUGAUAAUAAAAUGCCAUUACGUUGAUAUGGAGUAAAUUUAAUUUUACAAAUAAUGUUAUAGUAAAAUUAUUCAUGAUUUUGUACUAAUAUUUUUCUUGUAAUAUCAAGUUUCAUAAUUGUUGUUUGGGUUGGGUGUUAAGGACAUGUUACAAAUUGAAACAAUUUUACAAUUAGUUAUAAACAAAAACAACACGCCCUCUUGUUGUUUAUACGCCCUGAAGCAUUAGUGUUAAAUUCUGAACGCUAUUCUGUCAAAACAGAAUUUUGUUUACUUCAAAUACUACCAUAAGAAAUACAUGUAAAUUUGUAUGAAAAAUAAAUUCUAAACGUGGUAAAGCCUA